AUGUCAGAGACAACAACUACAACUAUCAUUUCAUCAACUGUUGUUGUUGAAGGAAUUGGAAAUGUAAAUUUAAAAAGUGGUAGUGGUAGUGAUAUAGAUAGUAAUAAUAAUAAUAAUAAUAAUAAUAAUAAUAAUAAUAAUAAUAAUAAUAAUAAUAAUAAUAAUAAUAAUAAUAAUAAUGAUAUAAAAUUAAAUAAUAAAGGACAUUCAAAUGUAAAAGAAUUAAAGAGAUUGUUUGAAUCAAAGAAAACAGUUGUUUUGGAUAAAUUGAGUUCAUUGACAAGCAAUCGAUUCAAACACACCAAAGAGAAAGACAAGGAGAGAGAACGUGGUGAGAAAGAAGAGAAGAAAGAGAAGGAGAAAGAGGAAAAAAAAGAACAGCGUGAACGUGAGAAAGAGCUAAAGUCACAAGAGAAAGAGUUAAAAUCACACGAGAAAGAGUUAAAAGAGCAAGCCAAACAAAGAGAGAAAGAAGCGAAACAAGCAUCGAAAUCAAAAGAAAAGGAAAAAGAGAAAGAUGAUAUCGAAUAUGAAGAGAUACAAAUAUCAUCAAGUGAAAGAAAGUAUUAUUAUUAUAUAAAUGAAGCAAUUAGAAAGAAUAUACCUAUUGUACCAUCUUUAGCGAUUAGAAGGAAAUCAUUAGAUUUAACACAUUCUCCUAUUAAGGGAUCGUUGUACGCCUCAAAGUAUCAACACAACUACUCACCGAGUACCAGAACGAUUCAAUUGUCAAAGAGUCAGAAAAAGAGUGUAACAGUACCACCACCACAGUUCAACGAUGAUACCAGUUGGAUAAAGAAGGCAAAAGACGACGAGUGUGUACCGGAUUCAUCAAAGAAGUCGUCGUCUAUCGCAGUGACAGAACCAGCUUCACCCAGACCUCAUCUACAACAGUCAAAGAGUACCUUUGAAUUGAAACCUACAAACAUCUUUCGUCAUAUGUCACAGGAGGAACCGACACCAAAGAAAUCACCUUCACCUUCUUCUUCAUCUUCUUCAUCCAAUAAUAAUAAUAAUAGUAUCAAUAACAAUAACAAUAAUAGUAAUAAUAAUUAUAACAAAUUUAAAGAUAGUAAAUUUAUUAGUGGUAAGGAUGUAUCAAAUGAUUGUAAUAGUAAUGAUUCAUUGGAAACCUCAAAAGAAAAGAUAUUCUCAUGGGCUACUCUCAGACGAAUGAAACGAUCAUCUUCAACCGUUGAAGAUACACCUAUAUUCAUUAUAUCUCCACCUUUAAAAUCGACUGCCAACAACAACAACAAUAAUAAUACUACAACAUCAACUUCUACUUCUUCUUCAAACAAUGACGAUAAUAAUGAUAAUAAUAAUAAUAUUAGAAAUAUGUUGGUAACUGGAAGUGCAGAUAGUAUACCAACUCAACAACAGCAACAACAACAACAACAAUCAAAACAAAUACAACAACAAUAUCCAUAUCUAAAUCAAACACAACGUAAACAUGGAUCAAGUUUAGAGUUAUCAACGAGUAAUAAGGAUAAAUCGAAUUUGGUAAUUCAACAAACAGGUAGUCCACCAGAGACUAAGCGAUAUGUCUCACAAUCCAUUACGAUUCUUCGUAAGGAUCUGGCUGGUACCAAUAAUAAUAAUACAAGUUAUUCUUCACCUUCUUCACCAGGAGAUUAUACUCCACCAAAGAACAAAUUCAUUUCUAUUGCCAAGAAUAUGAAUAGACUGAACGCUACUACCGAGGAGUUAAAGUUGUCAUCUGCCAAACUAGAGAGUUCGUCUGCUGUGAUCAUCUCAGAGUCGGAACCUUCCUCGCCUGUACUCUCACCAUCGCGUGCCGAGAUCAUAACGACUGCAAGUAGCGGUGGAAUCAGCUUUAGCAAUCCAAGACUGGAAGUAUUGCUACAAACAACACGUGCUCGUUCCAGUUCCGUUGGAAGUCUGAUUGAAGCUACCAAAUUUGAGUUAGUAGACAUCCCACCUCUGAAAGUGCAUGUCUCCAGCUUGGAAGAGUGUCUUGAGCAGUUUGCUAAACCAUUUGAAUUGUCACUGCCGGGUGUAGGUGGAGGUCGUUGUUUUGUGUUGGAUCUUGCCAAUUGUUCGCUGGGUGACGAAGGACUGUUGGAGAUUGCAACGGGUUGUCCUGGAAAUCUAGAGAUUGCCGAUUUGAGUUGGAAUGAAAUCAGUGGUGAAGGAUUGGAAGCUUUCACACGAAUGUUGGUCGAUACUCAAUCGCUGUUCACCUCGCUCAGUCUCCAAGGAAAUUCAAUUUCGCCAACUAAUUUACAAGUGUUUUUGGAAUCGAUUGGAAAUAUCAGUCGCGAGAAGAAAGGCUACAAAGGAUUCGGUCUGAAUCUAAAGGAAACCGGAAUUGAAAACGAAGGUGCUGAGUACCUUGCAAACUACAUUGGAUCCAACCAGUAUCCUCAUAUGAUUGGUUUGAAUCUGACGUAUGCCUCUGUCACCGAUAUCGACUGUAGUGACCAAAGUCAUUUGGAAAGACGAAGGAAUCAAUCAAUGGGAGGAAGAAGAGAUACAGCUGAUCGUACAGCACUUUACAAAGGAGAAGAUUAUCGAUUUGCUCAUCAAUGGAUUCUCGCUGUCGCCACUCAUCCAACAGGACAAAUCGUCGAAGUCAAUCAGAAUCAAUCGGAUAAUAGCAGUCACGCAUUGAAACUACUAGUCGAUAUUCUACCAUCACAUCUUGGUAACCACGACUUCCUCAGUAGCUUCCUCAAUCACUUGGCAUCACUAGUUUCAAUUCUCGACAGAUCAUUCAAGAAAAUCGAUUUAUUCUUUUUGAAACUCUUGGAAUUCUUUGACCUUUUAAUUCAAUCCGACAAUGUACAAUGUUUCGAAAAAUUAAAUGAUUGUAUAAUAUUUAACAAAUGUUUGGAUUUAAUAUAUGAAUUCCCAUAUAAUAAUAUAUUACAUCAAAAGAUUUUAAAUCUAUUUGUAUCAACAACUAAAAAUGCUAUAUUUAAUAAUUUUGAACAAUCUGUAUUUAAUAUUGAACAUCUUGGUAGAUUAAUUACUUAUUUAACUUUGGAGAAUGAUGGUUUGCCAGGAAGUAGAAGUCCAAACUUUGGACAUCUUUUGGAGAUAUCAAAGUUGGUAAAGAAAUCAUCUCAUCCAUUCUUACUUACUAAAGAGUGGAAACAAUAUCAGAUCAACAUUCUCGACAAAGAAACACUACUUCAAGAAACCUAUCUUUGUGGAUUUAUACCCGAUAGAAAUAUGAAAUUAGAUUCCAAUCUAUUGGAUAAAUUUGAAAAGGAAUUCAAGAAAUAA